UAUCUACUUACCCAAGGAAUGGGGGUGUUUUCUGUAGGACUGAUUGUUCAGAGACGGGCUUUCUCCUCCCUUUAUUAUUAUUACUCCCACAACCACCGCCUGCCCGAGAGCCUCCUAGUUUAACUAAAACUAAUGAAUAAAUAAUUAAACUACACCAAGACUACUUCCACAACAACUUCCUCAGAAGAAGCCAGGCGCUGUUGAUCCUAGGAUGUUUGGUUAUCUGGAGCUGGAGGUGUAAAAGAGUCUCUCCCGCAGGAAACAGGUCCUCUUUCAGGCUGAAACGCGAGGAGUGAAAAAAAAGUGACCGUAGCCGCAGUAAGUGUCCCAAAUGGAAAACUUCAUUUUGUAUGAAGAAAUUGGACGAGGAAGCAAGUCCGUUGUUUACAAGGGCAGGAGAAAAGGGAGCAUACAUUUUGUGGCCAUCAUCUGCAGUGAGAAGACCAUGAGGCCUGAAUUAACCAACCAUGUCCGACUUGCACAUGAUCUCAAGCACGACAAUGUGGUCUCUUUCUAUGAGUGGUACGAGACUAGUAACCAUCUCUGGCUGGUGGAGGAGCUGUGCACAGGAGGAACUUUGGAUUCAGUUAUUUCCCAGGAUGAAUGCUUAUCUGAUGAUAUUGUGCGUGAAUUUGCCAAGGACCUAAUUAAAGGACUAAAGUACAUCCAUGACUCUGGCAUAGUGUUCUCUGAUCUCACCCCUGCUAAGAUUUUGCUGGAUGGUCCAGGGACUCUGAAGUACUCUAAUUUUGGCUUGGCUAAAGCACAAGGGGAAAACCUUGAGGACUUCUUUGCUCUUGUGAUGUCAGAGGAUGGUGGAGACAAAGAAUGUGCCACACCUACAAAAAAUAUCAGGAACCGAGCUCAAGGUUCUCCACUGUACUGUGCACCAGAGUUGCUGAGAGGGUCUACCACUAAUAUCUCCAGUGAUCUGUGGGCUUUGGGGUGCAUUCUCUAUCAGAUGUUUACAGGAAACCCACCAUUUGUCUCUGAGACCUUUACUGAGUUGGUUGAUCUUAUUUUACAUGAAGAUCCUCCACCUCCAGUACAAAAAGGUUUCACUUGUUCUCCGCCCAGUCAAGAGUUUCAAAGCUUACUACAGGGUCUGUUGCAAAAGGACCCUUUAAAUAGGCUGAACUGGGAACAGUUGUUACUGCACCCUUUUUGGAGGGGAGCAUUUUUAGUGGAGGGCUCAUCAGAGGGUGUUGAAGAUGAAGAUGCUUCUCUUACUUCCAGUGUACAGUUGGAAUCAAUGUCCUCUCAGGCAUCAGUAGUGGCUCGGGCAGCAGCUGCUUCAACUAACCAACAGCUCAGCAAGUCCUUCACAUUAGAAAGUAUGACUGAGUUUAGACCCAAGCCUGUAUUGGAAACAGGUGCCAGAGAAUCUAUUUUCCUUUUAAGUUCAUGCCCAACUCCCAGAACAAGCAGUGCUACCAAAGAGACAGACAAGGACGUCAAGGAUAGCACUGUAUUGGAGGAUUUUCAGUGCGAUGGAGGUGCAAACAUUAAGGCGCUCUUAUACACAGACUCAGACCUGACUGUGACUCCUAUCAUGGAUAACCCUAAGAUUCUGAAAACUGCUCCUGUCCGUUUUGACUCUAAAACACUGUGUGUCUCUGCAUAUUCAGCUGAGCGUUUAGUGUGUCUCAGCUCAGGUGACUGGUCUGCGUUCCUCCAGCAGAUAUGUUCUGUCCUGGAGUCUGUGGAACGGCAGGGAUCUGGAACCACCAACUCGCCACGUGCUAAACUCAACCUGCUCUGUUAUCUUUGCUGCGUCAGUGGCCACAGAGACACAGCUACUCGUCUUAUGCACUCGCAGCUGUUUCCAGUAUUGAUCCAGCAGCUGAAGCAUGCCCCUAACUGGGAUGUGAAGAACAAAGUGAUGAGAGUCAUUGGCCUGUUGGCCACUCACUGCACAGAAAUCAGAGAGGAUGUUCCUAUUGCAGAGGCAGUGGCCAUGUUCACUGAGCUUAUUCGGGAGAACUUCAGAAACAGCAAGCUGAAGCAAUGCCUUUUACCACCACUAGGGGAGCUACUGUAUCUCAUUGCUACUCAGGAGGAGAAGAAAGAGCACCCAGGAGGAUUGUGGGUCGUUCCUUCUGCCGCCUACACCGUGUUAAUGAGGUGCCUUCGGGAAGGGGAGGAGUUGGUGGUGAACCACAUGGCAGCAAAGAUCAUAGAGAAUGUGUGCAGCAGAGAGUGUCAGUGUGCUCAGGGCUUUAUCACAGCAGAGGUGGGACCUGCUCUCUGGUACCUGUUCACACAUUCCGCUGUGGAUGCUCUGAGGGUCAGCGCUAUGUCGGCUCUUUGUAGAAUAACCCGUCACUCAGCGGGAGCAUUCCAGAGUGUAAUCGACAAGGUGGGAUUACCCAGCAUCCUCAGCUGCUUAGUGUCAGGCAUCAGCCGUGUGCAGCAGCAUAUACUCACAAUGUUCGCAACCAUGCUGGCUUCUGGAGCACACUUACACAGACUUGUACAGGACAGGGACUUUGUUGUGAAGAUAAUCCGUUCUCUGGAGAGUCCUUCCUCAGUCAUUCGAGCCAAGGCCUUCCUGGUGCUGCUGCAGGUUCUCAUGAAUAAUAGGGAAAUGCUUCUGUUGUGCUGUAACUCCAGGCUGGUGAUGUACAUUGAGAGAGACAUCCGAAAGGCCACGCCAGGGAAGGAGCAACAAAGCGGCAAUGAAUACCUGUCAAAAUGCCUGGCCCUAUUCAUCCGUCACACCGUGCGAGAGCUGCCAGCCAUCCUGGAUGACAUCCUCUCAGCAUUAGGAAACAUUGUGGGAAGGAAGCAUCCCUCUACUGCCCAGACUCGCCAGCUCAAACAAAGUCUCCCUAUGAUGGCAGUGGUGCUGCAAUUGCUUACUUCACAGAUCUUCAGGCCUCAGGUGGUGAAUGAGGAGUUUCUCAUUAAAUUUGGAGCACUGCUGAACCACAUCACAUCCGUUGACUCUAAUGAGACUAGCUUGGGAAGUGCUGUAGGGCAGGCAGCAUCUGAGGAACUGAUCAGGAACACGCUGUCUGCUGUGGAGGCCAUCUCUCAGCACCCGUCCCUUUUGAGCACCAAUCACUGCACUGUUGUGGAUACGAUCCUGCCGCCGUUGGCAUCUUUGGCAUUCAGUAAGAAUGUGGAAUGGCGCGUUGUGAGUUUACGGGUACUGUCAGAGAUAACCCUGCUGUUGCUGAGCCAGGAGGCAGUGGAGGAAGGAGAGAGAGAAAAACGACGAGCGUGGGAUGGAAAGGGCAGCUCCUCAAACACACGCCUGCUGACUCUGAUUACACAGGACCUCCUGCCACAGUAUGAGUCCUUACUUCUGGAACCAGAUCCAGUUCCUGUUUAUGCUCUCAAACUUCUGGGGUCCCUCACUGAACACAGCACACCUGUGAACAGGCUUGUCAGAGAGAGUCGUCUCCUGCCUGUCAUCUUUCAAGUCGUGGCGGAGCACCAGAACAACAUCCUUGGUGGCACUAUGCAGAAUGCCAUGGCUCUUCUCACCAAUCUGAUUGGACAGAAGGACACUGAUCUUCAGCCCUUCUACCAGCAAGGUAUUAUAGAGCUGGUGUGUGGUGUGUUUGUGGAGGCUGCGGUGUUGUAUAUUGAGAAAGAGGAACAGUCAGGAGUGAAGAGCUGCAGCUCCAUUCUCCUUUCCCUGCUGGACAUCAUCCACUGCCUGCUAAAACACCUUUCCUCCGUGGUCCGACUGGCUCUACAGUCUGACAGUGAUGGAGACACAGAAACGGCAGAGGAGCUUCUGCUUGUCAACAAGCCGCUCACCGACCUCAACAGCCUUCUCAUUCAAAUGCUGCCAUGUGGUGAUGGAGAGGUGUAUGAGGAGGCCAGUCAGUGUGUGUCACUGCUGGCUCAGCUGUAUGGAGGGGAUGGAGCCGACCAUCUGCACCCUGAGGAUCUGCUCAGCCUCGCACACACUCUGCAGAUACAUCCUGGGCCAAGGCAGCAGAGAUUAUUGCUCCGUGUGCUCAAGCGACUGAUGGGUGCAGUAGACGCAUCUUGCUGGGGUUCAGAAGAAGGUCAGAGUCUGGUGCACGUGCUCCGCAAACUGGCUCAAGAUACCAGGUCCAACCCAGAUACUGCAGUGGGGUCACUUGCUACAGAAAUUCUGAAAGGGGCUGGAUUCUGACAGGCCUGAAAUCCAUAGGAACAGUGAAGCUUCACCCACUGCUGUACAUACACAACAUUUUUUUUUUUAAUAAAUAGUGUAAGUGAAGAA